AUGUUAAAGAAAGUUUUAGCUUUAGCUGCUUUAGCCUUAGCUGGUGUUUCAGCUCAAUCAUAUUCAUGUCAACAAAUGCAAUCAUUAGCCUCACAAUAUUUCAGUGGUGCUACUGAAACCACCAUGGUUUGUAUUUCAUAUUAUGAAUCAUCAUGGAAUCCAAAUGCCCAAAAUCCAUCAGGUGCUUCAGGUUUAUGGCAAAUUAUGCCAGAAUUAUGUCCAAGUUGCACAACACCAAGUGAUUUAUUCAAUCCAGAUAUCAAUGCUCAAUGUGCUUCAGCCGUCUUAAACGCUCAAGGUUUAGAUGCUUGGACUACCUACAGCAAUGGUGAUUGUGAUGGUUGGAAUCAAUGUGGUACCUCAGGUACUUCAGGUGGUGGCUCAACAUCAGGUGGUUCAACAUCAGGUGGUUCAUCAAGCGGUUCAGGUUCAGGUUCAUCAAGCGGUUCAGGUUCAGGUUCAUCAAGCGGUAGCGGUUCAUCAAGUGGUAGUGGCUCAUCAAGUGGUAGCGGCUCAUCAAGUGGUAGUGGCAGCGGUAGCGGCAGUGGUUCUGGCAGCAACUAA